CGGAGGCUCGAUCAAACUCUGGAUUUGUCCCCAAUGGACAGUUACACUCAUACUCAGGACCUCCUGCCAGUUGUUUGUGGAUUCCUGAUCGAGGUCACUUUCUCCUGCUGAACUGUGCUCUCUCCAUUCUGCAAGACAGCCGCUACACAUCGGAGGGAAGGGACAGGGGAGGCUCUUUCAGUUCCCCCCUCUGUGCAUCUCUCUCUCUUUCUCUCUCUCUAUCUCUCUUUCUCACCAAAGCAACCAGAGUAGAAGUGUCUAGCAAUGUAUUCCGUGGCCACCCUGAUGUUCAGGCAAGGGCCAAGAUGCUGGACAGCAGGAGGAAGGACCAUUGCCACCGUCGUCUCGGGAAACAAGACCUCCCUACAGGUGCGGGAGAGGCUGAAAAUGGACGUGGAGAAGAUGGCCGCACAGUUUCCCAGAUUCCGUCCUGGCUUGGUGGUGCUGCAGGUGGGAGACAGAGAAGACUCCAAUCUCUACAUCAGCAUGAAGUUGAAAGCUGCUGCCCAGAUUGGCAUCAACGCCAACCACAUUAGGCUGCCAAAGACUGCAUCAGAAGCUGAGGUCCUGCGCAGCAUCAAGGCGGUCAACGAGGACCCCGCUGUCCACGGACUCAUUGUACAGCUGCCCCUAGACUCCAUACACCCAAUAGACACGGAGAAGGUCACCAACGCUGUGGCUCCAGGGAAAGACGUGGAUGGGUUGACCAGUAUAAAUGCUGGGAAGCUGUCUCGUGGGGACCUCGGAGACUGCUUACUUCCCUGCACUCCCAAUGGCUGCAUGGAGCUCAUCAGACAGACAGGCAUAUCGGUGGCCGGGAAGAAGGCGGUGGUGAUUGGGCGGAGCAAAAUCGUGGGGGCGCCCAUGCAUGACCUACUGCUGUGGAGCCACGCCACGGUGACCACCUGCCACUCAAAGACACCCGACCUCGCUGCCCAGGUGGGCCAGGCAGACAUUUUGGUGGUGGGUGCUGGGAAGGCGGAGAUGGUGAAGGGAGAGUGGGUAAAGAAGGGGGCAGUGGUCAUCGACUGUGGCAUCAAUCACAUUCCAGACAGCAGCAAACCCAGUGGGAAGCGGGUGGUGGGAGACGUGCACUACCUCUCUGCCAAGGAGCGGGCCGGCUUCAUCACACCUGUGCCUGGGGGUGUCGGGCCCAUGACUGUUGCUAUGCUAAUGGAGAAUACAGUGGAGAGUGCCAAGCGUUUCCUCCAGACAUACAAGCCAGGAAAAUGGAACAUUUCCUACACUAAAAUGAGGAAGGAGAAACCAGUACCAAGUAAUGCCGUGACCUCACACUCCUGCACACCUAAGCCCAUUACCCAACUGGCAAAGGAAGUCGGUCUCUUAUCCACUGAGAUGGAUCUUCAUGGGCACUCUAAAGCCAAGGUGCAGCUGGAUGUCAUGAAGCGUCUUCAGGAAAAUCCAGAUGGGAAAUAUGUCAUUGUUACAGGGAUCACACCCACAUUGCUGGGGGAGGGGAAGAGGACAACUGCACUAGGACUGGCUCAGGCACUGGGGGCACAUCUGGAUGUUAAUGCCUUCGCCUGCUUGCGUCAGCCCACCCAGGGCCCAGACUUCGGGAUUCAAGGAGGUGCUAUUGGAAGUGGAUAUUCCCAAGCUAUUCCAAUGGAAGAGGUCAACCUUCACCUCAGCGGGGACAUCCAGGCUGUCCUGGCAGCCAGCCAUCUAGUGGCUGACACUGUGGAUUCCCGCCUUCACCACGAGUCAACGCUGACCGACAGGGACCUGUAUGACCGUUUAGUUCCACACAACAAGGAUGAGUGGAAGUUCUCCCCUACCCAGCUCAAGAGACUGAAGAAAUUGGGGAUUGACAAGACUGACCCCAUGACCCUGAAUGAAGAAGAGAUCACCCGUUUGGUCCGGCUGGACAUUGACCCCGAUGCCAGCAUUUGGGAAAGAGGACUGGAUAACAAUAACCAGAGCCAGUCUCUGGUGGAAACAAGACUGGCCAAGAUGUUCAACAUUGCAGUGGCCAGUGAAAUUAUGGCCAUUCUGGCUCUUACCAGUGGCAUGGAGGACAUGCAACAGCGUCUGGCCAGAAUGGUGGUGGCCACCAACCGAAGCGGGGAGUCCAUCACAACAGAGGACCUGGGUGUUAGCAGAGCGCUGACUGUGUUGCUGCGAGACGCCAUCAAGCCAAAUUUGAUCCAGACUUUGGAGGGGACCCCAGUGUUUGUUCACACAAACCCGUUUGCCGAUAUCGCCCAUGGCAACCCCUCCGUUCUCGCAGACAAAAUCGCCUUGAAGCUGGUGGGCCCAAAAGGAUUCGUGGUCACGGAGGCCGGGUACGGUGCCGACAUCGGCGUGGAGAAAUUUUUUAACAUCAAGUGUCGCAGCUCUGGGCUGCAGCCACACGUUGUAGUCCUGGUGGCCACAGUUUGUGGACUCAAGCUGCACGGAGGAGGUCCCUUGGUCCUUGCCAGGAAGCCCCACCAAAAAGAGUACAAAGAGGAGAACUGGCCCCUGCUGGAGAAAGGCUGCAGUCACCUAAAGAGGCAGGUGCAGAACUGCCAGGCCUUCGGGAUCCCUGUAGUUGUGGCGGUCAACACCUUUGAGACAGACACUGAAGCAGAGGUGGACCUUGUGCGCAGCACCGCCAAAUCGGCAGGUGCAUUCGAUGCCGUGCACUGCUCGCCCUGGGCGGAAGGUGGCGCCGGGGCGGUGGAGCUCGGCGAGGCGGUGAUGAGUGCAGCAGAGAAGCCCGCCAGCCUCAGGUUCCUCUACGAUGAUGAGCUGCCAAUAGCAGACAAGAUCAGAGUCGUUGCCAUGGAGAUGUGCGGUGCCAAAGAUGUGGAGCUUCUUCCAGAGGCCAAGCGCAAAGUGGAACUGUUCACUAACCGGGGCCAUGGCAAUCUGCCGAUCUGUAUGGCCAAGACUCCCCUCUCACUGUCACAUGACCCAGAGAAGAAGGGGGUGCCCGAUAGCUUUGUACUGCCCAUCCAGGAUAUUGGGGUCAAUGUGGGAGCUGGAUACCUCUAUGUGCUAGUCAACGGGGCACUUGUGUUUCCAAAGGCUCCUGAAUGGCCCUAUUUUCAUGACGUGGACCUGGAUUCAGACACCAGUUAAGAAGACUGAUUCCUGUGAUUCACAUCAGAACUGGGGAAACUUCCUCCUCCACGACAAAGUGCUGUUCUUUCAUUUAUAUCUUCAUGCUGUGCUUCUACAGCGUCUCUAGCCAGCUCCCUUCAUCCUCACUGCUGGGAACCGGAGACAGACCGAGACUCCACGUGGCAUCCACACCACAUCCAUGUCAUGCUAUGUUUUUCUACCAUAGAAUCUGCUGCCAAAAGACAUCUAUUUCUGAAGACGUGGAUAAAAAAUUGACUAUCCCACAGGGAGAAAAACAUGUUGCCUGCUUGUGCUCAGUCCUGACUGUCUCUCUUCUGUGGCAGAAUACAGCCAUUUUAGGCCAGGCCUAGGCAGCAAGCUUUCUUACAGAAUCAAAUCCAAUCAAAUACCCCAGGUGAAGUAGCCAGGAUACAACAUAACAUUUGAAUAAGCAAUUCACAUAAAUUACACUAAGAAAUAAAACUACAAGAAUACUAUUAAGGACAUUCCAGCAAGAACUUCCGUGCAUAAACUAUAUAGAACUAAAACACUAAAAUACAGUGCAUUUCGGACUAUGCUAAAUAAGGCAAUUAAAUUAAGCAUUGAAGUAUACUGUGUCAUUGAUGGGGGUUGAGUGUUCUCCUGGUUUUAAAGGAUAAGAUUCAAGAGAAGGACCAGUAUACUUUUUCCCUUCUUGACAGUCUACUUCACAUUUCUAUUUAAUCGUUCUUUCUUGUCUCCCUUUAAUUUCACUAUUCAGUAAUGUCAACUUCUCCAGGUUAGUUUGUGCGGUGUUACUUAACCAAGCUGUUGAAGGUCAACAAUUCAGUAAUUUUAUGAGAGAAGAUAUGGUCCUUUGGGACAGAAGACUGACAGUCAUUACCACAAUACACAAAAUACUCUCCUUCCUGCUUAUGACCAAGAAUAGACCUCAUAAUUUGAAUGAAUAGUCUAAUUACAAGCUCUGUGCUUCCUUGCUGACAUAUGGUUUAGGCAUUACUGUGAUGUUUCACAUUGAGCAGGGUCGAAGAUCUUAUCCCACACAUGCCUCCCCCUGUCUCCAUAUCUAUGAGCAGACACCGCACCGUGUAGCUGGUGCUUCCGUGAUUUAAUCCUAGUUUCCGUUUACAGUACAUGUCUAUUUUAUUGUUACUUAGAAAAAGGUUUUUUAAAUGCUUUCAAAACGUUUGGACAGAUUGUGUUAAAUAACAAGAUUGUAGCACAAUUUGGAAAACAAACCCCAGUAACCGCAACUUUCCAGUUAGACUGUAAAUAGUUCUAGACUUUAUACCAAAGAAAAUGUCUUGGAGACAUGUUUGUGACCAAGAGUCGAAAAAAAAUGUUGUACAUUGCUUGCAUGGCAGGACGUCUCUGGUGACUGUAACACCAAUAAAAAGGAAAUUAUUGAUGUU